AGUAAAUCCGUGUGUGCAGAGUCGUUUUGACGAAUGUGUGCGUAUGUGUGCGUAUGUGACCAGUCACAGUGUUACUAACCUGCGGAAAUUGAAAUUAUAUUGCCUAAAGAAUUUUUUAUUUACAGGUUAUAUUACUAUAGGCCGGUUGUUCCAAUUUCUUAGUAAACUUUUACCUAUUAGCGCAGACAAUUAUUUUGAAACACAGCCUUAUUUUGAAACGUACCUAAAUUGAACAAUUACUAGUUUUUAAUUAGUAUUAAACAAAAAUAUUAAUUAUUUAAUAUCAGCAGUUCAAUAUGGAUAAAUUCAUUAUGCGUAAGGCAGAUUCAUCAUUUUCUUCUGCCACAAAGAGAAGCAUUGAUUUAAUUAAUGAUAUCGAUGAUGUAUCCAUUAUUAAUCAAGAAGAAGAAUCAACUUCAAAAUCUUUAAAAAAAGAUCGAAUCUAUGCUCACAAGUAUAGAAGUGAAUGGGAGUCCAAUCCUAAAUUUAUGAAUUGUAUUCAACCCUCCACACUUGGUAACACCUAUUUUAAAUGUAAAAUAUGUGCCAAAGAUUAUAUUGGGGGUACGGCAGCAUUACAAAAACAUAUGUCUUCUAAAAAACAUCAAGACAAAACAACAGCUGUUAUUUUGCAACCUCCUGUGACACAAACUUUUAAAAUUAAGCCAAAAAGUAUUAUUUAAAAAAAUGAAAUAAGACUUGCUGCAUUUAUAGCUGAGCACAAUAUAUCUAUUAAUGUUGUAGAUCAUUUAGUAGAACUGUUCAAACAAAUGCAGAAAGAUAUAAAAGAUGAGAACAUAAAUAAAUUAUCUUGUAAUCGAACAAAAUGUACAUCAAUAAUUAAUAAUGUCAUAGGCAAAAGUAGCUUUAAUGCAUUAGUAGAUCAACUCAGGAUAAACCAAUUUUCAUUGUUAGUUGACGAAUCAACUGAUCAUAGUUCAGUAAAACAUUUGGCAUUAGUGAUACGUGUAAAUAUAAACUUUCAAAUUCAUGAUAAAUUUUUAGCUUUAAUAGAGAUAAAAAAUGCUUCAGCACAAAGUUUAUAUGAUACCAUUGUUAAUUUUUUUAAAGAAAAUAAUAUACCUUACAAGUUAAACAUGAUCGCUUUUGCUGCUGAUGGUGCUCAUGCAAUGAUGGGUCGUAAUCAUUCCUUAAAAACUUUACUUACUGACAUACCUAAUUUAUUUGUUAUAAAAUGUGUUUAUCAUUCUUUGGCACUGUGUGUUUCACAUGCAUGUGCAAGUCUUCCUAAUUAUCUUGAAAAAUUUGUCAGAAAUAUUUAUACGUAUAUGCAGUACAGCUUCAAAAGACAAUCACAAUUUAAAGAUUUCCAAGUUUUUUUGAAUUUAAAACCUCAUAAACUUCUCCAACCAGCACAAACACGUUGGUUAUCUCUGCAAUUAGUAGUAAAUAGGAUUCUAGAGCAAUAUGAAGCACUUAUCCUUUACUUUCAAGCAGAACGAUUUGAUGGAAUAACUGCUGCUUCUGAAAUUUACGAAAAUUUAUUAAAUCCACCGACCAAAUUAUAUUUGCAAUUUCUGGAAUAUGUCUUGCCAAUUUUUAAUGAUUUAAAUCUUGAAUUUCAAUCUGAGACUCCAAAAAUCUAUCUCUUGUAUGAUAAAAUGGAAAAUGCUUACAGGACAUUAUUAAGUUACUAUAUAAAACCAGAAUACUUAGAAACAACAGAUGUUACACAAAUCCAGUAUAGAAAUCCAAUAAACUAUAUGCCUCUUGAUAAAAUAUAUUGUGGCCCAAAAGUUGCAUUAGCAUUAGAAGGAAAUAAUUUAUCUAAUGAAGAAGAAAAGCACUUUAGAUUACGAUGUAUGGACUUUUAUAUUAAUUGCGCCCAUGAAAUUUAUAAGAGAUUUCCAUUUAAUUCCUCUGAAAUGGCAGUACUGAAACUACUUUCAUUCCUAAACCCAGACAAAAUCAGCUCCACCGAGACAUUAAUACAUUUAUCUAUAAAAAUGCCACAUUUAAUUACUGAUUUAAAUGCAUUGGACAGAGAAUGGAGAUCAAUUAUUAAUAUGUCAAAUAAACCAGAAACUAAAAAUGUAAUAAAUUAUAGGAAAUUAAUUUGUGAAAGAAGAAAGGGUGAUGAGAGUUUAGAAUAUCCAGAAAUUAAUAAAUUGGUGUCAUAUCUUUUAACAUUACCACAUAGCAGUGCUUGUGUGGAGAGGGUUUUUAGUGCAAUAAAUCUUAAUAAAACUAAAGUUAGGAAUAGAUUAGGAAGUGCAACAUUAUCAGGUAUUCUUCAUAGUAAAAGAUUAAUAAAUGAACAUGGAAAGAACUGUUUUAACUUUCAUAUCACUUCUAAUGUGCUUGAACAUCACAACAAAAUGAUGUAUUAAUUUUUUAUGGAAUAUUGUAAGUUAUUUGUGUGCAAAUAAUUUGAAACAUUAUAUAAUUAUUUGAUACUGUAUAUUCUUCACACACACACACACACACACACACACACACACACACACACACACACACACACAUUUUAUAUUCUUCACUUUAUAUUAUAUAUUUUUUACUUUUAAAAUGAAUAUCUUCGAUCAUCUCCGAUUAAACUAUUCUUGUUAAUUAAUCGUCGAUAUUAAUUUUAUUGAAAUCAGAAUUUAUCGAAAUGGCUUUUAUAAUUUUUACGUCAAAAAUUAAUAAUUAUAUAUUAUUAAACGUAGAAAGGAUUAUUUCUAUAUUUUUAUUUUGCCUGCAAUGUGUUUGAACAUCAUAAUAAAUUAUUUUAGUUUAUAAAAAAUAUAUAAAAGAUUAUAUAUUUUGUAUAUUAUGUUUUAUUUUGUGCAAUUUUAUUUUAUGCUAAAAAUAAUUCUACGUGUACGUAUUCUUAUGUUCAUAAAUAAAGCAAUGUUAAAAAAUUA